UCAUUAGUGGCCUAUAUAAGCCUCAUACAGGCCAUGGGAAGACAUUACCUGUUGAUAACACAGACUAUUUUCAUGAUCAUGGGAGGUGUGAGAGAAUUGCUGCUCGUUGUGAUGACUGUGGGGGUUGUCAAAGUUUCUUGUUACCCUGUUGGAAAGUCCCAGAAGCAAGAUCAAGUCUCUCUGCAGAGGAGACUUGGAGAGCUGUCAUCAAAUGACGUCUCCAUUGUGCAUGCCCUGGCCUUGCUCCGAUCCAUAGGGUCUGACGCGAAACAAACCAGAGAAGAGUAUUUAGAGACCAAUGAAGUAGAAUCCCAAGCUUCUCCAAACCAUGGUAGUUCUCCGGCAAAUGAUGCCCUGUCCUCUGAGGAGAAGCUGAGGCACAUGUCCUCUGACGACGCCACCUCUGAAGCUGCCACCGGCCCGUCCGGCGACGACGCCACCUCUGAAGCUGCCACCGGCCCGUCCGGCGACGACGCCACCUCUGAAGCUGCCACCGGCCCGUCCGGCGACGACGCCACCUCUGAAGCUGCCACCGGCCCGUCCGGCGACGACGCCACCUCUGAAGCUGCCACCGGCCCGUCCGGCGACGACGCCACCUCUGAAGCUGCCACCGGCCCGUCCGGCGACGACGCCACCUCUGAAGCUGCCACCGGCCCGUCCGGCGACGACGCCACCUCUGAAGCUGCCACCGGCCCGUCCGGCGACGACGCCACCUCUGAAGCUGCCACCGGCCCGUCCGGCGACGACGCCACCUCUGAAGCUGCCACCGGCCCGUCCGGCGACGACGCCACCUCUGAAGCUGCCACCGGCCCGUCCGGCGACGACGCCACCUCUGAAGCUGCCACCGGCCCGUCCGGCGACGACGCCACCUCUGAAGCUGCCACCGGCCCGUCCGGCGACGACGCCACCUCUGAAGCUGCCACCGGCCCGUCCGGCGACGACGCCACCUCUGAAGCUGCCACCGGCCCGUCCGGCGACGACGCCACCUCUGAAGCUGCCACCGGCCCGUCCUCUGACGACGCCACCUCUGAAGCUGCCACCGGCCCGUCCUCUGACGACGCCACCUCUGAAGCUGCCACCGGCCCGUCCUCUGACGACGCCACCUCUGAAGCUGCCACCGGCCCGUCCGGCGACGACGCCACCUCUGAAGCUGCCACCGGCCCGUCCGGCGACGACGCCACCUCUGAAGCUGCCACCGGCCCGUCCGGCGACGACGCCACCUCUGAAGCUGCCACCGGCCCGUCCGGCGACGACGCCACCUCUGAAGCUGCCACCGGCCCGUCCGGCGACGACGCCACCUCUGUAGCUGCCACCGGCCCGUCCUCUGUAGCUGCCACCGGCCCGUCCUCUGGCGACGACGCCACCUCUGUAGCUGCCACCGGCCCGUCCUCUGGCGACGACGCCACCUCUGAAGCUGCCACCGGCCCGUCUGGCGACGACGCCACCUCUGAAGCUGCCACCGGCCCGUCCUCUGACGACGCCACCUCUGAAGCUGCCACCGGCCCGUCUGGCGACGACGCCAUGGAUAUCUGACGUGGGACAUGCAAUAGUUAACGGGUACUCUAGUCCAGUGUGUAACUGCAUUUGCUUGUUUUGGCUCAAAUAAACAUUAACUGUAAUA